UUCCGUGGAGGACUCAGGCAGCGCUCUCACCAGAGUCCUCAAACUCGAUUCCUCUCGCCCUCGCUGCAGCAGAUCACCAGAGUGCCCCACCAUGUCAGACGCGGCUGUGGAUACCAGUUCCAAGAUCACCACCAAGGACUUGAAGGAGAAGAAAAAAGUUGUGGAGGAGGCAGAGAAUGGAAGAGACGCACCUGCCAAUGGCAAUGCUAAUGAGGAAAAUGGGGGGCACGAGGCUGACAAUGAGGUAGACAGAGAAGAGGAAGAAGGUGGGGAGGAAGAGGAGGAGAAGGAAGAAGGUGUUGGUGAGGAAGAGGAUGGAGAUGAAGAUGAGGAAGCUGAGGCUCCCAUGGGCAGCAGGUAG